UCUCUCGUCAUCUGAUUCUCUCAGUUUCUUUGUGCCUUUUUCUCUUCCCCUCUCUUCUUUGACUCUCUGUUCUUGCAGACGUUUUUCUCUUUCUUUCAUUUUUAUUCAUUUUUUACGUCUCUCUCUCUCUCUUCUUCGCCCUGCGCCUCCGUCGUCUCGUCGCCGGAACUGCCGGACUCCGCCGAGGCCUUCAGCCUCUGAACCGCCGCUCGCCUCUCCAAUCGCCCGCAAAACCGCUCUUCCACUUCACCUACUCCCCCUCAAUUUCCUCCAGUCCUCGCCCCUACGACGCUGCCGACUCUGAUUUCGCGUAGACGCGCUAGGGCUUCGGACUGGCUGGUGCUGUUUUGGUGUUCUUGGCGCAGCAGCGGAUCUGUGAAUUCCAGGCUGGGAAGUGGACGGCCGGUUUUUCGUGUUGAGAGUAUCGUGUGUGAGGUUUCGGUGAGAAUGUGAAGGUUGAUGGUGGCCUGCGGUAGAGAGGCGGAGAGGGGUUUCCGUCGUCGUUGUUGAUGAUGACCGGCGCGCCUCGGAGCAAUCGCAGCGGGUGGUGGCGUCCCGGUGAAUUUCUCACAUGGAAUGGAAGAUCUUGUUAGCUACGGUAAUGCUAACCGUGAUAUCGAGCAGGAUGAAUCAUCUUUGAUCUGGAUUUCUAGUGCUGGUGAAAAAAGCUUGAAGCUAGCUUUAGUUUCGAGAAUCAUUCCUGGACAAAGAACUGCUGUUUUCAGACGAUAUCUUCGCCCUGAAAAGGACUAUUUGUCCUUUUCUCUUAUAUACAACAACGGAAAACGAUCCCUUGAUUUGAUCUGUGAGGACAAGGUUGAGGCAGAGGUGUGGAUUACAGGUCUCAAAGCAUUAAUAUCCUCUGGCCAAGGUGGGCGCUCAAAAAUUGAUGGGUGGAGUGAUGGAGAUCUCUACUUUGAUGAUAACAAAAAGUUAGUGUCAACUAGUAAAAGUGACAGUUCUGUUAGUGCUACACAAGAUAUUAGCUCUCUGGAAGUUUCUGUUAGUCCUGACACAAAUACUUCUCCAAAGGGCUUUUGCCCUGAGAAUUCUGUGUAUUUUGGAAGGUCACAUGUACCUUCGGACCAAGGAAAUAUGCAAGUAAAGGGAUCUGGUUCAGAUGUUUUUCGAGUUAGUGUAUCUAGUGCCCCUAGCACUUCAAGUCAUGGGUCUGCUCCUGAUGAUUGUGAUGCUUUGGGAGAUGUAUACAUAUGGGGCGAGGUUAUAUGUGAUAAUCCUCUCAAGGUUGGGACUGAUACACCUGCUCAUUGUUUUGGCAAAAGAGCAGAUGUACUUCUUCCAAGGCCAUUAGAAUCCAAUGUAGUAUUGGAUGUACAUCAUAUAGCCUGUGGAGUUAAGCAUGCUGCCCUUGUAACCAGGCAUGGUGAAGUGUUCACCUGGGGUGAAGAAUCUGGAGGACGGCUUGGUCAUGGUUUUGGUGAAGAUGUUACUCAACCUCGUUUAGUUGAAUUCUUAUCAUUUUCUGCUGUUGACAUUGUUGCCUGUGGAGAGUUUCAUACCUGUGCUGUUACAAUGGCUGGUGAACUUUAUACAUGGGGUGAUGGUACACACAAUGCUGGGCUUCUUGGUCAUGGUACUGAUGUGAGUCACUGGAUUCCAAAGAGAAUUUCUGGUUCUCUUGAGGGACUUCAAGUUGCCAUGGUAACUUGUGGUCCAUGGCACACAGCCUUGGUAACAUCAACUGGUCAGCUUUUUACAUUUGGAGAUGGAACUUUUGGUGUCUUGGGUCAUGGGGACCGGGAAAAUAUCUCAUAUCCAAGAGAGGUAGAAUCAUUGUCAGGGUUGAGGACAAUUGCUGUGGCAUGUGGGGUAUGGCAUACUGCUGCGGUUGUUGAGGUUAUUGUGACACAGUCUAUUGCAAGUGUUUCAUCUGGUAAAUUAUUUACAUGGGGGGAUGGAGAUAAAAAUCGCCUUGGACAUGGGGACAAGGAACCUCGGCUUAAACCUACAUGCGUGCCGGCACUUAUUGACUACAAUUUUCAUAAAAUUGCUUGUGGACAUAGUUUAACUGUUGGCUUGACCACUUCAGGACAUGUCUUUACAAUGGGAAGCACUGUCUAUGGUCAGCUAGGGAAUCCCCAGUCUGAUGGAAAAGUACCUUGCUUGGUGAAAGAUAAACUUGUAGCAGAGUCCAUAGAAGAGAUUGCAUGUGGUGCAUAUCAUGUGGCAGCGUUAACAACCAGGAAUGAGGUAUAUACGUGGGGAAAAGGAGCUAAUGGAAGGCUUGGCCAUGGAGAUAUUGAAGAUCGGAAAACACCAACUCUGGUUGAAGCUUUGAAGGAUAGGCAUGUCAAAUUUAUUGCUUGUGGCUCAAACUACACUGCAGCUAUAUGUCUUCACAAAUGGGUUUCUGGUGCUGAGCAGUCUCAGUGCUCAACUUGUAGACAGGCUUUUGGAUUUACCCGGAAGAGGCACAACUGCUACAAUUGUGGACUUGUGCAUUGCCAUUCAUGUAGUUCCAGAAAAGCAUUAAGAGCAGCUCUGGCUCCUAAUCCUAAUAAACCAUAUCGGGUAUGUGAUUCCUGUUUCGCCAAACUUAGUAAGGUGGCAGAGGCUGCUGCUAAUAAUAGGAGAAAUGCUAUGCCACGCCUUUCAGGUGAAAACAAGUACAGAUUAGACAAGGCUGAGAUAAGAUUGCCCAGGUCAGCUAUGCCUUCCAAUGUUGAUCUAAUCAAGCAAUUAGACAAUAAAGCAACCAAACAAGGUAGGAAAGCUGAUGCAUUCUCAUUUGGUCGACCCUAUCAAGCACUCCCUUUAUUACAGUUGAAAGAUGCAGUCAUGUCUACGGCUGUUGAUCUUCGUCGACCCGUUCCUAAACCAGUCCUUGCGUCAUCUGCUGUUAGUUCUAGGUCCGUGUCACCAUUUUCUAGGAGACCUAGCCCCCCACGUUCUGCAACACCUGUUCCUACAACAACUGGACUUUCUUUCUCCAAAAGUAUUACUGAUAGUCUGAAGAAAACUAAUGAACUUUUGAAUCAAGAAGUUCGCAGACUUCGUUUGCAGGUCGAGAGCCUGCAAAAUCGGUGCCAACUUCAAGAUUUGGAGCUUAAACAAUCAACUAAGAAAGCUCAGGAAGCUAUCACACUUGCUGCAGACGAGGCUACUAAAUGUAAAGCUGCAAAAGAUGUGAUAAAGUCACUAACAGCACAGCUUAAGGAUAUAUCUGAGAGGCUACCAUCUGGGGCCUAUAAUGCAGAUAACAUAAGGGGAAUUUGCCAAGCAAAUGGGUUGGAGCCAAAUGGUGUUCAACAGCCUGAUGCAAAUGGAGAGCAUUGUUCUGAUUCAAUCAACAGCUCUUGCUUAGUCUCCUCCAUGGGAGCAGCAUUCCCUGCUACAUUAAAUGGAUUGAGCCCUGGUGAAUUUUCUAGGCACUCACUUGCAGAUAGUGAAACAAGCACACAGGAUGGGAACCAGGGGCAUCUGAACUCUAGUAGGAGGGAGGAACAUCCAGAUGUCAGACUUCCAAAUGGUAGUUUAGGAGGUAUUGUCUCGGAGGUGGCUCCAAAUAGCACAGGGUCUGGACUAAUGGGAGAUGAUAAUGCUAGUACGAGAUCUAGCAAUUUAGCAUUGACUGGAAACAUCAAUCAUGUUGAAGCUGAAUGGAUUGAACAGUAUGAGCCUGGUGUAUACAUCACGCUUGUGGCCCUAAAAGAUGGAACUAGAGAUCUAAAACGAGUUCGUUUCAGCCGAAGAAGGUUUGGUGAGCACCAAGCGGAAACGUGGUGGUCAGAGAACCGUGAAAAGGUUUAUGAGAAGUACAAUGUGAGAGGGUCGUCAGAUAAGUCAUCCGUCUCUGGCCGUCCCACUCGUCGAUCCGGUGGAGGCGUUUCACCAUCUUCCCAACUCUAGCGACAGUCUUGAGGGAGAGUUCUCUACUGAACCUCUUAUAUCUGUCAAAUUCUCAAAGGUUCUUUAAAUCUUAAGGUUAUAUAAGAAGUAGACAAAAUCUUGAGAAAGUAAACACCCUCCUCCCUCCUCCUCCCCUUUUUUCAUUUCAUAGUUUAUAUUCUUUUUUUUCAAUUUAAUGUUAAGAGGGUAUUUGCGCCCCUUUCCACUUUUGAUUUUGUGGGGUCGGGUUGAGAAUCUGGACUUCACCUAUCAAUUAUAUGCAUAUACACAUACAUACAUACAUACAUACAUACAUACAUACAUAUUGUAGUAGUUGUACAUAAAACCAUCAAUUUAUCAAAGUCCCAGCAAAGAAUGUUAGUUA